CUCGUCAAAUGGUUUAGUGAUCGCUGUCCGUACCUCGCAGGUCUCCAGAGCCUCCUCCACAUGCUGCGUAACCCUCUGGUCUUCCCCGGGCUGUUGCAGCUGUCACUUCUUCUGGGAAGCCUUCCCUGACCUUCCUCUGGAUUUAUCGGUGAAGGAGAUGCAGACCCUGCCCUCCUGGAGUCCACAGUUUGGGGAGCUAGAAAGCUAACAACGAUAGUGAUGUCCAGCAAGGGGGCCACUGGCAGCGACAUCGGGCAGGCCCGCCGGGCCGUGGAGCAGCUGCGGAUGGAGGCGGGCAUCGAGCGCGUGAAGGUGUCCAAGGCGGCUGCCGACCUGCUGCAGUUCUGCACGGAGCAGGCCAAGAGCGACCCCUUCCUUGUGGGCAUCCCAGCGGCUGCCAACCCCUUCAAGGAGAAGAAGCCCUGCGCCAUCCUGUGACCUCCACGGCCCCGACCGCCCAGGAGGC